GAACGUGUACGCAACGGUAGUCGACGCCAACUGUCGGGGGCGUAGGACGUGAUUUGUUUUCCGUCCGUGUUAUUAUUAAUUUCGUACGCGCACACGCUGUGCGCCGCACAACGGAUCGCCCCGACCGUUUUUACACGCGUUUACAAAAUUACUAUCAUCAUCGAACAUUAUCGCAUCGUUCUGUGUUGUUAUCGAACGUCGUCCGAGUCAUAAAUAACGGUGUUGUGCGCGAGAUGUGUCCCGUCCGUUUCGUUUGACGGGACCGCAAAACACACGUACUCCGAGGACACCUAGAUUUUCGAAAUAUAUUGGCGGCACAAUGGAUACGGCCAUGGACAACCCUUCUUACUUUGCGAUGAAUCAAGGGCUGCGAAAGAUCGUGCCGCUGGUGGAUAGACAGAGGAUGGGAUGGAAUAAAACGGAGACGGGGUCGAUGGGCAGGACCAGAAAGACAGAUAGGAGCGGCAACAAAUGCUUAACGAGGUCCUUUAGUGCUAACGUCGAAGAGACCAGACUAUUGGUGAUGGGACAGCCUAGGCCCGCAGACGUAGCUCCUUCAGUUAAGCACACCAAACACACCAGCUCUGGCCACAAGGAUUCGCUACAACACGAUCUGGUACACUGCAAUCUUCAACCCGACGGCAACGUAUUCUUCAGUAGCAGUGGUGACGUAAGAUACAGUAACCUAAAGUCUCCACUUCAAAGUGGUCGUAGACACUCGAUAAGCUCGUUUGGAAAUUACUCCACCAGACGUCCAUUAAGUGACUGCAUGGCAAAGUCUUCUCGAGCCAGGCUCUCGUCUGGUGGCGACCCUAAAGGUAUGAAGUCCGACAGUCCGGAUAUCGUCAUCAUCUCGAGUGGUGAUAGUGAAGCCGCCAUGAUGUGGAUUAAUUUCCUUAUUCAAUGUUUUCAACACUUCAAUCAAAAAGAAAACAAAGCACAAUACAGAAUUCAAAGAGUGAGAUUAGAAGAUGUGUUAUCCGGUGUAAUGUCAGCACCUCGUCAGGAGCGGUGCAGUCAAGCUCGGCUACAAAUCGUACUGGUUUGUCCAAUAUUUUUAGAACGAGUGCUCGCACAUUCCGGUCGUUCUGAUUCUUUGUGUGCGUUGUUGCAAACCAAUCGUAUGCUGGCCUUAUUAGUCGGCGUUACAGAAAACGACCUGACUGAUCAACACAAGACUGUAUUAGUCGAUUACGAUGAAUGGAGAAAGAUGGUUGUCAAGGAUCAAGAUCGAGAAUCUGUUGGAGAUUUUUAUGGAGUGUCUAUGGAUAUUCUCAACAACGUUACACAUGCUCCACGAUCAUUGGGUAUAACCGAAGAGGAUACAAAAUUUUCCAUAACUCCAAAAAAAAUUAAAGUCGGCCAAAACAAAGUUAUCGUCUUGUUAUCCGAACCAUUAAUACCCGAAGACAACGUUGUUAUCACUGUGGAUAAAAACGGACACAAGAUAGAAGUAACAAAUGUGACAAAAAGAAAUCCAUAUACAUUACAAUUUAGAAUGCCAUUGAGCUGUUUGCAAGUAUCCGUCUUAGUCAAUAUAAUCGUUGAGAAAAAUGGCCAACUGUUGGGUCGACGUUCUGUAAAAUGCGAAAGCCGCAUGAGAGAAUUGGAUCAACUAUUACGAUCGCUGGAUAGUCCAUUGAAUUUUUUGUGUCAGACGUUCGGCUUGCAUCCCGCUGAUAAAGAACAAUUGGACUCGUUUUUGGCUUCGGCUUAUCUGAAAAACGUUCCUCCUAAUUUUCAUCUCCUUCAGUGUGUGGGGUCUCGACCGCAAUACAGCCACGAAGAGUAUCCAACAAUGCUUCACUUUGCCGCGAAAUUCGGCCUGGAGAAACUGAUGUGGCAGCUAUUGGACAGCCCGGGCGGCGAACAAGCGUGUCAGAUACGCAACGUAUCACAGAUGACGCCUGUCGACAUGGCAGAGGCAUCGAAUCACCAAAAGUUGGCGCAAGCAUUAAAAGGCCACAUGCAAAUGACCGAACUGACCAGCAUGUACAGCAUACUGAAAGGGAUAUCAGACGGACACCAUCAGUCCCAGCACGCCGCCCAGCAGUCGCAGCAACCGCAGGAGCCACCGCAACAGUCCCAGGACUUGCAACAGUCCCAGCAAUCCUGCAACGACGAGCCGGACACCGCCAGUUACGGGAUGCCCCCUCCGCCACCGCCUGACUCCAGUUACGUGGUGCCCCAGUCGCCGGGCCCGGAACCGCGUCCGCUGGACGCCAAUUACUUGACGCCCCGGUCGCAGGACGCCAACUACCUGAUGCCUCAGCCGUUGGACGACAACUAUCUGAUACCACCCGCGCCCAGGCCCGUGGAGCCGACCACGAGCACGCCCAACUACACGAACGUGAAGUCUUCGCCUACGAACUUGGCGAUGUUUAACUACCAGGUGCCACCGCCGCCGCAAUCGUUUUUCUCGGCCAACUACCAGGUGCCCACCAACGGCAGACCGUACAGCCCCGGGUCCAACUGGUAUUCAGGCAGUCCACCGUCAGUGCCCUCUUCCCCCGUUGACGGGCCCGGACCGCACGGUGGUUAUCUGGAAAUGAGUUCCAACAUCGGUUCGUACAAUCAGUUGCGAGGGAUUGCGUCGUUCGCCGACCCUGUUAGUGGCAAAAUGGCCCAAAGACCAACCGAUUUACCGAUACACGGAUCUCGUGGCAGUAAUCAGACGCUGUCCACACCGCAAGACGAACUCCUGGAGAUCAUAAACGAUUUCAAAAACGAAGUCUUAACUAUCAACGAGGUUGAAAGCAUUGUCGAAAUGUGGAAAAAUCGACACGAAGUGAAACAGUCGUUUAAAGAGAAACAGGAACAACUCGAUCAAAUGAGAGCUGAAUACGAUCAAAUCCAACAGCGCAUGAAAGACACUUUGAAACGACCAACACCGUUUGAACGCAUUAGAAAAUUCUUUAGCAAAAACAAAUCUAAACAAUCCGGAUAUUCUAAUGAAAAUUUGACAAGAGCAAUGAGUUCGGAAAAACAAUCGUUAAGACCAUCUAGUAGUAUAAGUUUGCAAAGUUCUAGCAGUUCUACCUCUUGCAGCCAAUCCAGUACAGUGAGUACAAACAGCGCGAAUGAUAACAAUACGUUUCAUUUGGAAAACUUGAAUGACGACAAGCUGUCCAAGUCGUCUUCGUCGUACUUCGACGCGCAGCCCUCGUUCUCGACGUUCUUCCAGAGCAGAUCACCGGUAGAGUUCGCGGGCCACGAAUACGGUAACGUGGUCUACUCACCGCUGGGCAUGACAUCCGCGGCCGAGACCAUCAUGGAGGAAACGGAAGCGCAACAGCACCGGCCGUCGCAAGCGUUGGGCGUGUCCACCAUCCGGUGCAUGGCCGGCAUCGCGUGCUCGGUGGCCGCGCUGCCCUCGCCCACGUCCGAUGGCGGCCGCGGGGACGGCAACCUUCGGGAAACGAUCUCGAGCGACCCCGUCGAGGAGCAGCAGCAGCACCCCGUCGAGCCCGGGUUGUUCGGAUUCAACGGGACUGGGACCAAGACCGUGGCCGAGGGACCGCAGUGUUUCGACGAGGUCGAGGACAAAGUGCAACAGCUGUUCGACAGCAUGCCGCACUACACGAACGUGCCCACCGCCACCCCGGACCAAAACCGUGUCAAGUACACGCCGCUGCGGACAGCGUGAGAGAGGAUCCCGCGGAUUUCCGACGCGCCCCGCCGGAGACACCUGUGCACACGUGUAAAGCUUUACAUUCACGUAGGGUUACGCGAUACGUUCGAUCUGACGAUGCGUUUCAUAACACACCAGAUAGUGAUAACUAUUUGUAAAUAUGAUGUAAAUAUUUUAUUAUUGUUUUUUACUUUUUUUUUUUUCAUCGUCGACUAAGAUAUAAAAACAUAAAACACAGUCCCAAAACCGUUCAGUUGGGUGAUAUUGUAAAAAAAAAAAAAAAAAACGAGAACAUUGUUGUUA